CAGUGUCCAUAGUGUGCAGCAGAAGUACAGCUGCUCUCCAGCUCUCUUUUAAAGGAGUAAAGUGCUGAAGAUCACACUGCCUGUGCCCCACAACCUGGUUCCCUUCUGCCUUCAUCCCCCCGUGCCAGGAUCUGCUGCACUGCUGGGCCAUGGAGGAGCAGGUGCAGGAGGAGAUGCUGCCAGCCCAGCACACAGGAGGCCACCACCCCGUGCAGGAGGGAGAGGUGUUCAACACGCGAUACCAGGCACUGCGCGAGCUGGGCUGCGGCGCCUUCGCCACCGUCUGGCUGUGCCAGGACAUGAGGAGGAAGAAACAGGUAGCUGUGAAGGUCCUGAAAAGCAGGGAAGGCUUUGCUGAUGCUGCCCAGGAUGAGGUCACUCUCCUCCGCUGUGUGAACUGUAUGAAGAAGAAGGACCAGGCAGGAGAAAACAUCAUCUCUUUGUUAGAUGACUUCAGAAUGAUUGGAGAGAAUGGCUUCCAUAUGUGCCUGGUAUUUGAGGUGCUGGGUCCUUCCCUGCGAUGUCUGAUGGGAAACUACACAACCCAGGGACUGCCUCUGCCUUUUGUGAAAAAAUCUUUACAGCAGGUGCUGGCAGGGCUGCACUUCCUGCACAAGCGCUGCCGCAUCAUCCACGCCGACAUCAAACCGGAGAACAUCCUGUUGUACGGACACGACAAAAGCCUCCCAAGGCCUCUCAUGGAUACGCUCGGCUGUGGCCAGAGAACACAUGUGAAGCUGAAGGGAGCGGAAGGUGAUCUUGGCAAUCAGUUGGAAGAAUCUGACUUAAUGAGCAUAGAGGUGAAAAUUGCAGAUCUGGGCAGCGCAUGCUGGACAUACAAGCCCUUUUCCAAGGAGAUACAGACCCAGCCAUACCGUGCCCUGGAAGUGCUUCUUGGAUUAGACUAUGGCACUCCUGCAGAUAUCUGGAGCACAGCCUGUCUGGCAUUUGAAAUGGCAACUGGAGAGUGUCUAUUUGAUCCUCAACCUGGGAAAUAUUUCUCCAGAGAUGAUGAUCACGUUGCUCGUAUCAUCGAACUCCUGGGAAGAAUUCCUCCUCAAAUUGCUUUCUCAUGGAACAAGUCAACAAAAUUUUUCAGCAGGCCAGGCGCGCUCCUGCGGCUGUCCCGGCUCUGCCCCCGCAGCCUCCCCGGCACCCUGGCGGAGCGGCACGGCUGGACCCCGCGGGCGGCGGCCGCCUUCGCCGCCUUCCUCCUGCCCGCGCUGCACUACGCGCCCGAGCGCCGCGCCAGCGCCGCGCAGAGCCUGCGGCACGCCUGGAUCACCGCGCCGUGA